CCCUCCUAGAGGCGCGGAUCGUGGAUCCCCGCGCCUUUUGUGUGUGGAGCUCCGCUGCCGCGCGCGCCCCGCUCCCCCAGCCGCUGCCGACCGAGGGGCGUCGGCGCGCGCAGUCCCCUCAGCGGGCGGAGGGGUCCUCCGCCCCGCGUGCGCCCCGCACCCCAUCCGCCGGCCGCCGCCCCGAGUCUCAGACGGACGGACGCGCGCCCGCGCCCGCGCCCGCGCGCGCACCCGCUCGCUCCCGCCCGCGAGACCCCGCCGCUCGCCCCCUCCCCCGGCCCGUCGGCGGGCGGCACGCGCACGCGCCGGCCCGGGCACGCGCGCCCGCCAAGAUGGCAGGGGCCGGGGCCCAGCUGUCAGUCGCCGCCGCCGCCGCCGCAGCCACCGUGCUGCCCCGCAGCUAGCGGCCCGGACGCCCGCCGGAGAAGAUGAGCCCCCGCCGCCGCUUGCAGCCCAGCCAGACGCGGAGCCGCCGCGCCCGGGGCCGGCUGCCCCGCUAGCGCCCCGUCGCGCCGCGCCUUCACCCCCGGCCCCGCGCCCGCCCCGGCAGCCACGAUGAGUGAACAGAGUAUCUGCCAAGCGCGGGCUUCCGUGAUGGUCUACGAUGACACCAGUAAGAAAUGGGUACCAAUCAAGCCUGGCCAGCAGGGAUUCAGCCGGAUCAACAUUUACCACAACACUGCCAGCAACACCUUCAGAGUUGUUGGAGUCAAGCUACAGGAUCAGCAGGUUGUGAUCAAUUAUUCAAUCGUGAAAGGGCUGAAGUACAAUCAGGCAACACCCACCUUCCACCAGUGGCGAGAUGCCCGUCAGGUCUAUGGCUUAAACUUUGCAAGUAAGGAAGAGGCAACCACUUUCUCCAAUGCAAUGCUCUUUGCUCUGAACAUCAUGAAUUCCCAAGAAGGAGGCCCUGCCACACAGCGUCAGGUGCAGAAUGGCCCCUCUCCUGAGGAGAUGGACAUCCAGAGAAGACAAGUGAUGGAGCAGCAGCACCGCCAGGAGUCUCUGGAGAGAAGAAUCUCUGCCACAGGGCCCAUCCUCCCACCAGGGCAUCCCUCAUCGGCAGCCAGCGCCACCCUCUCAUGUAGUGGACCUCCACCCCCACCUCCACCCCCAGUUCCACCUCCACCCACAGGAGCUACGCCCCCACCCCCGCCCCCUCUGCCCGCUGGAGGAGCCCAGGGGGCCAACCACGAUGAGACCUCUGCGUCAGGACUGGCUGCUGCCCUGGCCGGAGCCAAGCUGAGGAGGGUGCAGCGGCCAGAAGAUGCAUCUGGAGGCUCCAGUCCUAGUGGGACUUCAAAGUCCGAUGCCAACCGGGCAAGCAGCGGGGGAGGUGGAGGAGGCCUCAUGGAAGAGAUGAACAAACUCCUGGCCAAGAGGAGGAAAGCAGCCUCCCAGACAGACAAGCCCGCUGACAGAAAGGAAGAUGAGAGCCAAACGGAAGAUCCUAGCACCUCCCCAUCCCCAGGGACCCGAGCCACCAGCCAGCCACCUAAUUCCUCAGAGGCUGGCCGAAAGCCCUGGGAACGGAGCAACUCAGUGGAGAAACCUGUGUCCUCAUUGCUGUCCAGAACCCCGUCUGUGGCAAAGAGCCCCGAAGCUAAGAGCCCCCUUCAGUCGCAGCCUCACUCUAGGGUGAAGCCUGCCGGGAGUGGAAAUGACGUGGGCCUGGAUGCCUUAGAUUUGGACAGGAUGAAACAGGAGAUCCUGGAGGAGGUGGUUCGAGAGCUCCACAAGGUAAAAGAGGAGAUCAUUGAUGCCAUCAGGCAGGAGCUAAGUGGGAUCAGCACCACGUAAGAUGGCGCCAGCCCUGGAGGAUCGCCAGGAGCCGUGCUGGCCCCAGCACACGGCGAGCCUGCGGAAGUUGGAUGUGCUUAAGUCUCAACCUGUGAUACAAUAUUAAAAUGAGGAAACAGACUUCAACUCCUGGAUUUUUAGCGUAUCUGACACAGAACACCGGGUCUAUUCUUUUUUGUAUUUUAUAUUUGCUUAUUUAAGUGUACAUUUCUUUGGUUUAUAGAGAGAACACCCCAAAAUCACCUGCUUUAUUAGAUGGCUUCCAAGUUUUCUCCUAGGUGACACUGUUAGCUCCUCAGCUGGCAGUGAACAGCUGGGUACAGUGUGGCCUUCCCACACCACAGAGCUGUCAGAAUACAGCUCAGACCCAGCAGCCAUGGUGUUUCAGUCUGUCCACGCAGUGCGUGUUAUGUCCACACGAUAAUAAAUAAACCGUUCACUGUCCACA